UGCCUAAUCAAUAUAAGUUUGCUAGAAAAUACUCAAACUAUAACAUAAACUGACAUUAUACCACUUUCAAAGAAGCAAAAAUACUAGCAUUAUUUUCCCAAAAUCAAAUUAUCCACAUUGUCACAUGACCAUACAAAAUGGCAGCCUCCACAAAAAUUAGCAGUAUUUUUAGACCUAAUUUGUUUAAGGGAAAAGUAGCCAUUGUCACUGGUGGAGGAACAGGAAUUGGACAAGCUAUAACACAAGAACUGUUGUUUCUAGGAUGCAAGGUUAUGAUAGCUUCUCGGAACAUGGAGAGAUUGUCCGAGUCUGCAGAAUCAAUGAAGUUGCAAAUAAAGCCCAACAGUGCAGCACAACUAGAACACAUGCAGUGUAACAUUCGCAAAGAGGAACAGGUCAAGGAUCUGAUUUCAACUACGGUAAAGAAAUUUGGUAAGCUGGACUUUCUAGUAAAUAAUGGCGGUGGUCAGUUUCCAAGUCCAGCUGCGGACAUCAGACUAAAAGGCUGGAAUGCUGUCAUAGAAACGAACCUCACCGGAACUUUCCUCUGUUGUAGGGAAGCAUACAACCAAUGGAUGAAAGAAAAUGGUGGAGUGAUUAUCAACAUCAUUGCUGACAUGUGGAGGGGGUUCCCAUCUAUGAGUCAUACAGGAGCAGCGAGGGCUGGGGUAGACAACCUGACAAAGACCAUGGCCAUUGAGUGGGCUGACAAGGGGGUACGAGUUAACGCUGUUGCACCUGGAAGUUCCAUAUAUUCUGACACUGCGGCUGCGAAUUAUGGGUCUCCAGAUGUAUUCGACGCCUCGAUACCUUACUCACCCGCCAAGCGGCUGGGACGAGUAGAAGAGGUUUCCGCAUCUGUUCUUUUUCUCCUGUCCCCCGCAGCCAGCUUCAUAUCAGGAGAAACAGUGAAGGUUGAUGCUGGCUCUAGUCUCUACGCUAAUAUGUGGACCAUUCCUGACCACAAAAAGAGUAUUCCAUAUACCUGGGCAACAGAUGAUACUGGUGAUAAUGAUGAUGGCAGCAGCAGCAGUAGCAGCACCAAGUCCAAGUUGUGAUAUCAAAGAAUUUCAUCUUGACCUCAAUUGUUAGCAUUUUGUUUGUUUUCUUUUUACAAAUUAUUGGGUUAUGUACAUAGUCUGAAUUGAAGAUGUUUUUCCUGAAAGAUUUUGAACAGGAAUAAAACUAUAUUUUGUGUAGUAAAAGAGGGUCAGGGAUAAAAAGAAAUCAGAGUAAUACUAAUCAGAAUAACAUAGUUUAGAACAUUGUAUGUGUUUUUCAAUUCUAAAAUAGUGGAAAAAAAUCAUUGGGCCAUUUCACUUUGUUAUAUAUAGAAGACAAUUGCUUGCCUCAGUGUACAAAUGUAAUGAUUUUCACCACGUAGGCACCAAAAAUGAUAUAUUACGAUCUUACAUUGAAAUUAUAAUGUUUCAUUUUAUUAUAUUUUUUUAUAUGCCUGAAAGUGGUAUUAAAAUACAUUUAGUUGCCUUUUUUAAACUUUCCUAAUUGUAUGCAUAUGUAACGUUAUUUCAUGUCACAGCCCUGGGUGUGCUGAUGUUUAAUUUGAAAAGCAGAACAGGCUUAAAUUUCACAACAGUGAAAACUUACAAAUUGAUAUUUUCAUUGGUUGAAACAAUGCAAUAUCAUUUAUAUUUUACCGUAAUAAUCCACUUGAAAGCAUCUUUUAAAUAACAUUUGCCCUGCAUUAUAGAUAUACAGAUUUAGUUCCAUAUAUAUAUCAUCAAGUUAUGUAUCCAAAAAAAGAUCACAGAUUUGCACAAUCAUAGCACAAAAUUUAAAUAAUUACAUGUAUCACAUUUUUAUUCAUAUACAUAUAUUCAAAUAAAAAUACCUCAUCUAUUGCUAAAAGCAGAAAUAGUACUACUAGUAUUAUCUUAACUUAAUAAAAACGUAUUUAAAUCUAGUUUAAUGUUGUUGUUUUUUAACAUAAAAAAUAAAUUUCUAAAAUAUUUUAUGAGCAUGAUUUAGCUUUUUGACUCUACCAUUAACUCUAAGCAAUCCUAAGUUUGUAAAAUUACUGUCUUUAAGAGAAGUUCUUGGAGAAUAAUCAUAAAUAAAUCUUACAACUUUGUUUCGACACAUCCGAAGUCCAGAUUUUAACUUGGCCGUCAAAUCCUAGAACCAUGAAGAAGAGAAGUUGUCAAAAAUAUGUUGAAUGAAAGAGUUACAUACUGUUUAACUGAAGUUUUUAGCUCACCCAAUGCACAACAGGCUACUUUUCAAUAUAUGUCCAUAUAUGGAAGACUUUGAAAAUUAUUCUCUGCAGAAUCGACGGCAGCGUCCAGUAUUAAAUGUCAGAUCUAUAACUUGAGAAAUGUUUGUCUAUUCAGACGAGCGAUAUAGGUCCAUCUUGGCCCUCUUGUUUUAUCCAGAACAUCCUUUUGCCUAUACCGUCAUUUUAGUCAAGAGUUGACUGUCUUAAUUAUAUCAUUUCCAGUUGAUUCACCUGACAAAUCAAUGUCAAUGAAGUGUUUCAUUUUUUUGUUAUGCAUAAAUAACAUUGUCAUUUCAUACUACAAAAAAGACUUGACUUUCUUUAAAUUACUUUUAAUUGCAACUAGAAUUCGUUCAUUUUUUUCUGAGAUGUAUAGAUAAUUUGUUAUCAAUAAGCCAUUUGAUACAGUAUUCAAGCAUUAGACCUAAAUGACUAGAAUAAAAUUAAGAUUCUAAUGGCAGAAAAUCAUUGCACUAUCAUCUGCGUAUAACAGUAACGUACAGUCUUUACUCAUACUGAUAGGCAUAUCAUUGACGUAAUUAACAAAGGAGGAUAAAGAACAAAGUAUACGUUCAAAUGAUAUAUGCCUUUGAAACAAUUAUAUGAUUCGUUAAUAAUAAAUAUCAAUGAAAACAUA